AUGGCGGCGCUGUGCCGGGGGCGGAAGCGCUUCCAAUGGGAGCCUGUGCUUUGCCGUACGGCUCGGGUCCUGUCAGGGAAAAAUGAGUAUGAUCUUCUGGUGAUUGGUGGAGGUUCUGGAGGCCUUGCUUGUGCAAAAGAAGCUGCUCAGUUUGGAAAGAAGGUGGCUGUUCUUGAUUAUGUGGAGCCUUCACCUAAAGGAACCAAAUGGGGACUUGGUGGCACUUGUGUGAACGUUGGCUGCAUUCCUAAAAAGCUUAUGCAUCAAGCAGCUCUUUUAGGGAGUGCUCUUAAAGAUUCCCAACAUUAUGGCUGGAAUAUAUCCCACCCUGUUCACCAUGACUGGUCUGUGAUGGCUGAAGCCAUUCAAAAUUAUGUCAAAUCCUUGAACUGGGGACACAGAGUGCAGCUACAGGACAAAAAAGUGAAGUAUUUCAACCUCACAGGCAGUUUGAUGGAUGCACACACAGUCCGUGGUUUGACAAAUGCAGGUAAAGAGAUUAGCAUUACUGCAGAAAACAUCGUCAUUGCCACUGGAGGGAGGCCAAAAUAUCCUGCACAUAUUGCUGGUGCAUUGGAAUAUGGAAUUACAAGUGAUGAUAUAUUCUGGUUGAAAGACUCUCCUGGAAAAACGUUGGUGGUUGGAGCUAGCUAUGUGUCCCUUGAGUGUGCCGGUUUUCUCACAGGCAUUGGACAGGAUACCACGGUCAUGGUCAGAAGUAUCCCACUUCGAGGGUUUGAUCAGCAAAUGUCCUUCUUAGUAACCGAUUACAUGGAAUCGUGUGGUACAAGAUUUUUAAAGAAAUGCACCCCAAGUAAAGUUGAAAAGCUGAAGAGCGGCAAACUGCAAGUUACCUGGAAAUAUACUGACUCAGGCGAAGAAGAAAUGGAUGACUUUGACACAGUGAUGUGGGCAGUAGGCCGAGCACCUGACACUAAAACUCUGAAUUUGGAGACAAUUGGGGUGAAAAUUAACUCUGAAACUGGAAAGAUCAUUGUUGAUGCCAGCGAAGCUACUUCUGUUCCUCACAUUUAUGCAAUUGGAGACAUAACAGAGGGGCGCCCUGAACUGACCCCUACGGCGAUAGCUGCAGGAAAGCUGCUGGCUCAACGUCUGUUUGGCCAGUCUUCAGAACUGAUGGAUUAUGACAAUGUACCCACUACAGUUUUCACUCCUCUGGAAUACGGUUGUGUAGGACUGUCAGAAGAAAAGGCAGUGGAACAUUAUGGACUGAAUAACAUAGAGGUAUACCAUGCAUAUUAUAAACCUUUGGAAUUUACAGUGGCUGAAAGAGAUGCAGCUCAGUGUUACAUAAAAAUGGUAUGCCUGCGGAAAAAAGAGCAGCGGAUCCUUGGCCUUCAUUUCAUUGGACCAAAUGCAGGUGAAGUGAUUCAAGGAUUUGCUCUUGGAAUAAAAUGUGGGGCUACGUAUGCGCAGAUGAUGAAGACAGUUGGCAUUCACCCUACCUGUGCUGAGGAAGUAACCAAGUUACGUAUCACAAAGCGCUCUGGUUUGGAUGCAAAGGUCACUGGUUGCUGAGGUUAAGUCCAAUCCCUGGACAGAAGUUAAAAGCGCACAGUAGAAUUGAGAAGGAAAAAGAGCAUUCUGAACUGACACAGUUUUGGUAAUCGUAGUCCUGCAGCUCAAGGUUUCCUAGGUAUCACUCCUUCGGUAGACAACAAAAAGUGAAUUUUACAAUCCUAGCCAUACUGUACCUACCUAAAGAACUGCCCACACACAUCUUUAAAAUCAACACAGUACUUAACCUUCAGGGAAAUAGGGCUUAUGUCAAAAAGCAUCACUUCUGAAGUGCCUGUGUCCUUUGUCUUGCUGGGAGCUAGAGAAAAUCAUCAUUUUCUGUACAUCAAAAUGUGUUUCUUGCCCAUCACUUGGCAUCUAAAGCUAUGUAAAACUUAAAUGGAUAUCACUUUGUUACAGGAACAGUGGCCAUCACACUACUAACCAUUCCCACCCACUGGCAAAUUAAUCCCACUUGGAUGUCAUCUCUCCGAGAAAUGCAUUGUCAAACAGAGGUGAAGCGGAUGCCAAAUAUUUGGAGCUCUCUGACAGUGUAUGCGUGAUUUCCGUAGCCAGGGUUUUCCCAAUAGAACACCUAGCUACUGACCUCCCCCAAGAAUUCAUCCCUGAGGAAUGAUGUCCAAAUCUCACUGAACUGAACCAGGGUCUCAGAUAGUGAGUAGAGAACACGGGCAAUAAUUCCUUCUCAGCUCUGGCAAGACGGCUCCCUGCUGGUGGUAAUCACAAGAGUUCAAAGUCAAGGCUCGUUGACAGGAAACAGAUCCCAAAGCAUAUAGCAGUAGGUAAGCAGU